AUGGCCCCCGCAGGGCAGGCUGCCGCGGCGUCGUCCGCUCCUGGGGCUCACAUGCCGGUGCCCCACGCUACAAGGUCUCCGGGCUCCGUGCUUCUGAAGAGGCCGCGGGACUACGCCGUCGUGGACCAGCCGACGCUGGCGGCGAAGAAGAAGAGAGAGGGAGCGGCCGCACCCUCGGGGACCCAGCAGCCCGGCACGGCUGCACCUCCCCCGGCACAGAAGGGUGGCAACAUCCCUUGCACCUCUCCGGCCCGGCCAUCCUCACGAGGCCUGGAGGACCAUCCCCAUGAGAAGUCGACCUCCGCAGCCAGGCCAGCUCCAGAGGCGCCCGUUCUCAGCUCGCCGGCCGAGGCCCCACAGGCUCCGGAGCCCCCAGCUUCUUCUGCUGCCAUCAACUCGGAGAUCUUGGUGAUGACGUUGCCUCCUCCUUCCAUCAUACCGCUAGCUCACGAUCCUUCUACUUCGCCCGACGCUCUGGAGAAGGCUCUUUCCGCGCUGACUCGACCCUGGGAUGACCUUCAGGGCGCUGACCGUCGCCUGGUGGCGGGGCGCCUGGAGCUGAUCUCAGGUUGGCUACACUCAUACGCGUCUGUGAGGACGGUGUUGAGCCACGCCGUGGCAGCUUUCGAGGAGGACAAGCAGGCCGCCGACCAAGCAGCGGCCCCCCGUGAGGCAGCGCUGAAGGACGCCGAGGCCGCCAAGGAGCACUGGAGGGCGGCGGAGGUCGAGCUGGAGAACCUGCGUAAGGAGUGCGCGGCCGAGGCUCACGAUCGCAAGGCGGAGGAGGAGAAGAUGAAGGCCUGA